GCGGGCGGAGGAGGUGCCUCGAUCUGUGCGGCGCCCCGCGGAGACCAGGUGCGGACCGCGGCGCCGGCGGCGCGGCUCUCCGGGGCGCAUGGCGAUUCGUGUGGAUGAGGCUGGCCCUGCCAUGCUCGUCUCCACGGCCUUCCCCCGUUUCAGCCCCUCCUUUAGCAGUGUGCUGAGGGAGGUCGGCGCUGAGAGAGGCAGCAGACCACGGGCCCGGUGACCGAAGACUCAGCCCGCACCCCCAGAAGGAUGAAAUUAAACCACGCUUCCCCACAGGGCGAGGCCCGGUCGGUCGGCUGAAUAAAGUUUGGAGGAGAACCAGUCAGUCUGUGGGGACGGCGUCUCCGCCAAGUGGGAGGGGCCGAGGAGCCAGGCAGGCAUUUUGAAUCCCCGCACCAGAUGUGCUUUGCAUUUGAAUAAAGCGCUUCUCUCUGAGUUACAUCAUUUCCUACUCACCGCAGUCCUGGGAGAGGACGGGUUUUAUCACCAGGGCUUUCCAGGUCUGCUUGACGUGGCUGAAGCACCACUGCAAAGAGGCGACUGACAGCUUCCUGUGCUUGACUCUCAAAGAACAUUCUGGAACACGUAAGCAGAGUCUGAGCCGCCCUGCAGUGAGGCUUCUCCAAGAGUGCUGGGUGCCAGAGAGGAAGACGCUGUCCCACCAGCAGAAAUCGCUGUGCCGGUGAGAAACAGCUGCAGAGCCACAGGUGGUGCCUGGGACACCAUUCGCCCACCGUGGGAGGUGCUGAGCUCAUGCCAGUUGGGAAAGCAAGGGCCAUUCAUUAGUCCAGAAGCCUUUGAGACCACUAGUGGAGUGCCCUAGCCUGAGACUGGGUCACGUGUAAUAGCUCGUCCGGGACACUAUCAACCCAAAGGUGGUGGGUAUCCACAUCACCAACUAGCGGGUACCCACUGAGGGAGGGUGAGUGACUCUUCGAAGCCAUGGCACUGGCACUGUUCGAGGACUGGUGCAGGAUAAUGAGUGUGGAGGAGCAGAAAUCCCUGAUGGUUACAGGCAUACCCCUGGACUGCACUGAGCCUGAGAUCCUGGAGGUCCUGCAGGAGACUUUAAAGUGUCUGGGCGGGUUCAGACUGCUUGGCAAGAUCUUCCGCAAGCAGGAGAAUGCCAGUGCUGUCUUGUUAGAGCUUAUGGAAGACGCGGAGGCCUCAGCGAUCCCCAGCGAGGUUCAGGGAAGAGGGGGUGCUUGGAAAGUGAUCUUUAAGACCCCUAACCAGGACACGGAAUUUCUUGAAAGACUGAACCUCUUUCUGGAAAAAGAGGGGCAGACGAUCUCCAGUAUGUUCCGAGCCCUGGAGCACAAGGGAUUGUCUCCGUCCACUGGGCCCUGCACAUCGCCUGAGUUAUUGGCCCAUUUUCUGGGACAGGCAAUGGCCCAUGCUCCUCAGCCCCUGCUACCCAUGAGAUACCGGAAGCUGAGAGUGUUCUCCGGGAGCACUGUGCCAGCCCCGGAGGAGGAGCCCUUUGAGGUCUGGUUGGAACAGGCCACUGAGAUAGUCAAGGAGUGGCCGAUAGCAGAGGCCGAGAAGAAGAGGUGGCUGACGGAGAGUCUGCGUGGCCCGGCGCUCGACCUCAUGCGCAUAGUGCAGGCAGACAACCCAUCCAUCAGUGUGCAUGAGUGUCUGGAGGCGUUUAAGCAAGUAUUUGGGAGCCUAGAAAGCCGCAGGAGCUCCCAGGUAAGAUACCUGAAUACCUAUCAGCAGGAAGGAGAGACGGUCUCAGCAUACGUGUUACGCUUAGAAACCCUGCUCCAGAGAGCCGUGGAGAAACGAGCCAUCUCGAAGAGCAUCACAGACCAGGUCCGCUUGGAGCAGAUCUUAGCCGGGGCCAGACUCAACCAGGCACUCUGGUGUCGGCUCAGGGAGCUGAAGGAGGAGUGCCCACCGCCCAGCUUCCUGGAGCUGAUGAAGGUCAUACGGGAAGAGGAGGAGGAAGACGCCUCCUAUGACAGUGAGAGUAUGGAGGAGCAGGAUGACUGAAAAACCACCUGGGAGCAGGACCCAGCCUGGGGAUCCAGCGACAUGCACUUUAGGCUGUGACCUUCACAGUUUGUCUGCCUUCUAUGUAUGGAUUGAAAUCCAGGCUUUUCAGACGAUUAUUGAGUUUUCUAAGAAAAAAAUAUCAGAGUUCCUUAGACCUGUGUAGGUUAAUGAUAAGCAAAAUAUUAUAUUGCAAAUGUUAGAUAGUAAACCUAAAGGAAUCAGAAAUGCCAGUACUUCCUGUUUCCUUUAAAUAUCCCCAAAUAGACCAAAGUUUACCCAUAUCAUAGAAGAAAGAAUUGACAUUAGAGAGAAAAAAAAAGAGAUAGCUUUUGGAAUUGUUUGAAAACAAAGCUGAUUGGCUUGUCACGUGGUCUCAUGUCUCAGAUCAGAUUCUCUGAGUACAAAACCAGAGCUACUACCUAUGGCUAAGUAGUUAUAAAUCUACAAAAUGGGCCAUGCCCUCGGAGUUUCCAGUUUAACGAAGAAUUGGCCUAAAAGCUUAAAUAACCAUAUGGGGAUUCUUUUAAAAGUUUUGGGGAAAUCUCUGUUAUCAAACUAUGCAAGGAUUUCAAAAAUGUUUUUGUACCAAAAUAUACUUACCUUUUUAAUAAUAAUUUUUUUUUUACUUGAGAGUUGCUGAGAUAGAGCAGCCAUCCUCAGGUUCACUCCCCAGGUGCCCACAGUGGCCGGGGCUGGACCUGCCAGGGAUUGGAAUCACAGUCCAGGUCUCCCACAUGUGUGGUGGGAACCCUGUCACUUGAACCAUCACUUCUGCCUCCCCAGGUCUACUUCAGCAGGAACUGGAGCUGGGAAUUGAGCCCGGGUUCUCCAGUGUGGGACAUGGGCAUCUUGUUGUUGUUAUUGUUGUUGUUGUUAAGAAAACACUUUUUAAAAUUUUAUUUUCAUUUUAUUUGAAAAGUAAAGAGACAGAGACAGAGAUCAUCUAUCUACUGGUUGACUCUCCAUAUGCCCUUAAUAGGGCUGAGCCAGGAGCCCAAUCCAGGUCUCCACGUGGGCAGCAGGGGCCCAAGUACUUGAGUCACCACCUGCUGCCUUCCAGGCUCCCAUUAGCAGGAAGCUGUAUUGGAAGCAGAGGAGCCAGGACUCAAACUAGGCACUCUGAUAUGGGAUGCCGGUGUUGCAAGCAGUAACAACCACUAGGCCAAACACCUGUUCCCAUGUUCCCAGGGACUUUUCUAAGACCCCUCACAUGUAAAUAAGUUCACAGCCCCAGUAGAAGUUUCCUGGUCAAAUGAAUAGGGCCAUCACCACCUUUAGGUUUCCUUUGGGUAUCUGGGAAGUGCUCCUCCCACCUCUCUGCCGGAUGUCAGAUAGAUGGUUCCAGAAUGAGAUGCUGUGUCGGGUCUUGAAGACGCAGAUCGCUUGGCCUAAUCCCCCCUUUCAAGAGGUCCACUGCUUUCAAGGUGCCCUCCAGCUCACGGUGGACAUUAGGGGACAGCGUGCAUGAGAGAAGGGGUGUCCAGGAAUGUUUGGGUUUAGUGAGCAGACCAGUCUGCUUAGGGUAGAAUGGUCUCAGUGGUGACAGACGAGGGGACCUGCCGUGUGGAAGACAUCUCAUGCAUAUCUCGUUUUGUGUGUCCAGCAGCCCUAUUGUGGUAUAAUUUCGCUCUUCAUAAGGAGGAAGUGCUCUCCUCAACACCCAAAUGCAAGUGACAGUCUAGACAGAAGCCCAGAAACUAGUGACAUGCUAGCCCACUCUCCACCAUCAUGCUGGCUUUCAAAUUGUGCGGUGUAGUUAGACAUAUUUUUCAGCAGUUCUGUCUUCCAAAUGUACUUUAAACUCUUUAAGUAACUAGUAAUAACAGACUCAAAUGUUAUUUGAUAACCAAAAUUUAACACAUCGACGUUCACCAACAGGUCUGCUUGUAUUUGCUUGUUGGCUCAUUUUGUGUAGGCUUUGAAACAAAGCUGCCUUUAGGGUAGCUGUGCACGCAUACUCUUCCUCUAGCUUUUCAUAGCUUUCAAAAGCUGUAGCACCUCAUUUUAAACCAGGCCCACACAGAUCAUGUCAGGUAUGCUAGGACAGCAUAAGUGAGCACCAUUUAGUUACGUGAUUGGCAGAGCUCCCAGCCAGUGCUGUGUAGCCUUACAGUAGGUCUGUGCCUCGUGUAUAAAUUGCUUAGCUUCUCACAGUUUCUCAAUGAAAGAUGGGAAGGUUAGGGAGUGGGUUGUGAGGAUCAAAUGACAUCAUACCUUUUCAGCACUUGGCAUGAUGCCUAUUGUGGAUAGCCCGCAAUAGGUUGAGGCUCUUGGGAUUUCCAUGAAGCUUACUCUCUGCCCAGUGCAUGCUUUCAUUCUGAUAGUUCUGCAGCAACAAAUAAGUCAUCUUCCGGCCAAGUUGUGCUACCGUUGAAUUAUAAACAUUCCCAUUCUUACUGUAAAUUUGAGUGUUGUCUCAGAUGAGUACUCCAGCAAUGGUACAUGAUUGUUGGUACUUUGACUUUGAAACAAUAAUUUGUUCUUUCUGAUUGUGGGUCAGUUAACUGAAGAAUAUCCUGAGAUUGUUAAGAAAAGCAUUUUUAAAUGCUACCAUUUGUCAUCAUUUAUCUUUCUAAAGUGUAUUUCUUGAUACUGUUUGACCACAGUGAUAUAAUUGUCAUCCCUUGCACUUGGAAUUCCUGUGUUUUUGUGUUCAUGAAAAUAGCUUUAUUGUCAUUUAUUGAUGAUCUGCAAAUUAAAAUGUUUUCAAUGUGAAGCCAUAAAAUAAAUAUAUACUAAUAAAACCCUAA